UCUGCUACAGCGACGUGCUCCAGCGGAGCUAUGCAAUGCUGCAAUACCAUUCAGCCGGCUUCCAGCCAAGAGGCUUCGAACGUGCUCGGGAUGGUCGGAGUUAACCUUCAAGGCCUCGAUGUCCCGGUCGGCAUCGACUGCACGCCCAUGUCCAUGACUGGCAACAAUUGUCAGUCGCAGCUAUCGUGUUGCGAGAAUAGC